GGGUUUCGUUGCAGUGCAGUCUCCUUCAGCUCGCCCUCCAACCGGUGACGCCUACCUCGGCCGUGUGGUGUGAGGAACAUCUCUCUAAAAGUCUCUUCAGUUUACCGGUAGCCCUGCCUCCUACUGAUACAAUGGCUGUGCCUCCCUCAUAUGCUGACCUGGGCAAGUCUGCCAAAGACAUCUUCAACAAAGGCUAUGGAUUUGGCUUGGUGAAGCUCGAUGUCAAGACAAAGUCAGCCAGUGGAGUGGAAUUCAAAACAUCUGGUUCCUCUAACACUGAUACCAGCAAAGUUGCAGGUAGCCUGGAAACUAAAUACAAGAGGUCAGAAUACGGUCUGACCUUCACUGAGAAGUGGAACACUGACAACACCUUGGGAACAGAAAUCACUGUUGAAGAUCAGAUUGCCAAGGGAUUGAAGUUGACUUUUGACACAACCUUCUCACCAAACACCGGCAAGAAGAGUGGCAAAGUUAAGACUGCCUACAAGCGCGAGUACGUUAACUUGGGCUGCGAUGUCGACUUCGACUUCGCUGGCCCCACCAUCCAUGGAGCUGCUGUUGUUGGCUACGAGGGAUGGCUCGCAGGUUACCAGAUGAGCUUUGACACCGCCAAAUCUAAGAUGACCCAGAACAACUUUGCCAUUGGUUACAAGACGGGAGACUUCCAGCUGCAUACCAAUGUUAAUGAUGGAGCUGAGUUUGGAGGUUCCAUCUACCAGAAGGUGAGCGACAAGCUGGAGACGGCAGUCAACCUGGCCUGGACUGCUGGCAGCAACAGCACACGCUUCGGUAUUGCAGCCAAAUACCAGCUGGAUAAGGAUGCCUCCAUCAGUGCUAAAGUGAACAACAAUAGCCUUGUUGGUGUUGGGUACACCCAGACUCUUAGACCAGGUGUGAAACUCACCCUGUCUGGCCUGGUCGAUGGUAAAAACAUCAACGCAGGGGGUCACAAGCUGGGUCUGGGCUUGGAACUGGAAGCCUAAGCUUACCUCAUACUGCAAGGGACUAGGGGGUAUCAGAAGAAUCUGGCCUUAAAUGUAUGUCCAACUCAAACCAGCAAGGGGAUAUCUUGGCGAGAUUGAUUCAAAGGCUACGACAACAAACUCUAAUUUGAGUACCACUUCAAGUUGGUGCUUCUGUCAUUUUACCUUUGUUGCUUUUUACUUUGUAGCUGCAUCUAUUCAAGAGACAGUCUGUGGCGUACUAUUUAUAAAUCAUGUCAUUGUUUCUGUCCAGCACUGCCAUAAUAAUGAAAUCCAAUACAAUCCCUUUGCCUGUCAUCAA